AUGCCCGGGAGCGAACGUCGUCGUCCCCGAGCAGCCACAUGCGAGGAUUGGGAUGAGGUGACUCAGCAGGCCCUCCCAGGCUCGAAGACCACUGCCAAUGUCGCCAUCAAACGAUCUCAGCAAGAAUUAAUUGCCAAGCAAGACUCCCAAAACGUUCGCCAUGAUGGUGUUGAUUCAGGCUACGCCAGCCGAGCGGAUACCCUAAUCAGCGAAUCUACUAAUACGAGUCGGCGAAAAAUGCCGGGCUUGAAGCUCGACACUGCUGCAAUUCCUGAGAGAGAGCGACAACCUUAUCACCUCCCCCAAACUCCUCCAUUGAAGUCACGCCGUCAGUCCUCAUCUCAGGCCAAAGACCCAGCACCCGAACAACGAUCUGUCAGGACCAAGACGAUCGUGCAUGAACGUGGCUCUUGCUGGGUCUGCGAUCAGUACGGAAAGCAUAUCGACAUUACAAAGGAAAUGUCACGGGCAUCUAGCGUAGCUCCUCCGCCUCCUUCUCCCACAGCCACCAGGCAGGCUGCACCAAAAAGUGCAAAGGACGAUGACGCUUUGCCUAUCAAGUCAAGACGGUCAUCUUCUGGCCGCCAACCGAGACCCUUGAGCAUGAUUCCGAAUGGAGCUGUGCCUCUACAGUACAUCAAUCAAGCGGUUUAUGGCCCCCCAGUGGUGUCAGCGCCCGGAUGGGCCACUCCUGUCACACCGUCGAUGCCGUACAGCCCCGUGUCCUAUUCAUAUGCUCCUCCUGGGGCCCUGCCGACUCAUUCAUUCGCGCCUUAUCAACCAAUGCCUUCUUUUUACGACCAAGCGCCUCCUCCCGAGCCUCGCUCAGCCAAACCAAGUCGACGAUCAAGCCCCGUCCCCAAAUCAAGUGCUUAUGGCGAUCCAGUUAUCCGACAAGGCCAUCAUGAGCCAGGAAUGGCAAGCCUGGAAAGAGUCUCCUCAAAAGAGAACCGACCUACGCCGCCAUCUCAAAAGUCCGCCCGGAGCACUAAUAACGAUCGUGCCAUCAUGCCACCACCACCAAAACCUAAUCCAUCUGAGAUCAUUCUGGCUCGGAGGCCAAGCAAUCGAAGGUCCAAGGCGUAUUAUCCUCAGGAAAUACUUCCUCGAGAGCCGUUAUCAUACGAACCAGAUCGAUUCGAUGAGGAAGACAUUGAAUAUCGAGAAUCUCGUGCUCCUCCUUCUACUCUCCGUGGACGAAAAGAGUCUGCUUCUCGCCCACCUACGUCGUACCGAGCGCCGGCUAUCAUCGAAAACCGCGAUCGACCCACCUUACCAAAGAAAUCGGUCUCCUAUUCUACACCAACUGCUACGACUAAGGUUGCAUCAUCUAAACCAGGCCAUGCUUCUCGCCGCACGAUCCUCCCGUCGGUGCCACUAGAACAAAAGGAGGCUGAGGUCGAAGAGUACCAGAAGCAAACCAACAAUGCCUCUAACGACCUAACUGUCGAAGCGCUUCGUGAUUUCAAUCAUCGCAACUCGAGCUCAAGGUCUGAAACGGGGAGCAGCUAUAGCGUCAAAAGUCGGCAGUCCUCAUCUAAAGAUUCAUCUGGACGCGGAAGAAGCCACACGAGACUUACGAAGACUAACAUUACUCUUCCUUCCGGUGUCAGCAUGAGUAUUCCUGGCGGUGUCAGCAUGAAUAUUCCCACAGAUUAUAUGUCCAAGGACGGUCGACCCCUCAGUAUCAACUUUGGAGGCCUUGUUCUGUCAGUUGGUACAGAAGAGAAAGAUUCAGUUGAAGGAAUCAAAGAACAAAAGAAGACCGAGCGAGCUUCCAGCGUCACAAGCCGUACCUCGAAGAAAAGUGUCUCGAGCAGUGUCAUCUCCAACCGGGAUAAGGAUCGCGAUCGUGAGGUUUCAGGGCAAUCAUCUAGACGACCUUCCCAGUCAUCCAGGAGAGCUUCCUAUGUGGAAGAGCGGGCUCCCGCUGUGAAAACGAGUGGUCAAAAUAGUCGAGCUCCAAGUGUAAAUGGGCGCAGCUAUGAGUAUACUAGUCGCCAGAGCAUCGAUUAUAGCAAAGGAUUCGAUGAAGCCGUCUACGGCGCUUGA